AUGUUAACUAAAAUCAUUACUCUAUUUAUAUGGUGUUACACUAUUAGUGUAACAUCUGCAUCAGAUAUUACACAAAAGCUUUCUUUUUCAAAUUUAGCCAUUGUACCAGAAACUGCAUCGAAACUCCCUCAAGAAGGAUGGCAAACAUCUUUCGAUUUUUCUGUGUCUGAUCCUUCUGCUUUAUCCAAGGGAGAUAUAUUUACCAUAGAUCUGCCUCAUGUUUACCGUAUUAAAUUUGAAAAUGAUGCUGACUAUUUGACUGUUUUCCUUAAAGAUGGCACAGCUGCUUUCAAAUGCCAUGCAUCUCAGCAAGCUGCUUAUAAAUUUAAAGAUACUAUUUUAUCAUGCACUGUCGCUUCAGACCUAUCUUCCUAUUCUUCUGUUUCAGGGUCUAUUGAAUUUUCAAUUAGUUUUAGUAAUGGUGAUUCUUUAUAUCAAUAUGAAUUUGAAAAUGCUAAAUAUUUUAAAAGUGGUAAAAUGAACUUUCAAUUUGAUGAUUUAUCUGCUGAUGUUACCUUUGAUGCUACUGAAUUAACAGAUUUGCUAUACGCAGUUGGUCGUUCAACUUCAUAUGAUAGCGUGGAAAGUUAUUAUUUAGCAAUGCAAUGUAAGAAUGGUGCUAUUUCUGAAGGUUCGAUAGUAAUCAACUAUGAUAUUAAUGGCGAAGACUUUCAAUUAGACUGUCAAUCAGCUCAAGCUCGAUUAGCUAAAGACUUUAACGAUUGGUGGUUCCCCACCUCAGAAGGGGAAUCUAAUGCUAUUGAUGUCGUUUGUUAUGGGAGUAAUUUAAUGAUUAAUGUUGCUAAUGCUGAUCCUGAACAUAUGUUAUGGAUAAAUGCCCUUCAAAGCGUAAAAAAAGGUGUGAAUACAAUUGAUCAUGAUAUUACAAUGGAUUACACUUGUGUUGAUACCGUUGCAAGUAGUACUUAUUCGAUUGAAACAUCAACAACAAAACGUUUCGUCAUAUACCAGGGUAUAAAUUUUGCUACCGGCUCAGGUAGUACACUUGAUUUCAGUAGUGCUACACCUACUGUUGAUAUUACUUCUACCACUACCACUGGUUGGACCGGUCACUAUACCAGUACUUACUCUACUGGCGUUACCACAUUCACUGGGUCGGAUGGGAUACCCACCACUGCUACCACAUACUUUGUCGAAACUCCAAACGUUAAUACCGUAACUACCACUACCACUGGCUGGACCGGUCACUAUACCAGUACUUACUCUACUGGCGUUACCACAUUCACUGGGUCGGAUGGGAUACCCACCACUGCUACCACAUACUUUGUCGAAACUCCAAACGUUAAUACCGUAACUACCACUACCACUGGCUGGACCGGUCACUAUACCAGUACUUACUCUACUGGCGUUACCACAUUCACUGGGUCGGAUGGGAUACCUACCACUGCUACUACCUACUUUGUCGAAACUCCAGGCUUAGCAAAUUCAAUAAGUAACACUUUAUCUUCUAAUUCUUCAAAAAGUAUCAGUAUUCCAAGCUCAAGUCUCCCAGAGUCCAAGUAUACGACCAUUAUUACAACAUUUAAUAAUGUAACUAGCACUAUUAUUACAUGUAUCGAAUCUUCGUCAUCAAAAGGGACCGUUAGUUUUUCAAAAUCUUCACUCUCUUCUCGUUCUAUGUUUACUACCUCCAUUUCCAGUAUACCUGAAGCAAAUAUAUUGACAACUACUUCAUCAAUUACAACUGCUUCUGAAACUAAUUUAUACAGACCACCGGCUACUACCAUAUCUCCAGUAGUUUCUACAGUAAGCACUUUUUCUUCGUCAGAUAAACCCAGUUCAAGUUCAUCUCAAACUAUUGAUAUAAUAGUUUCCAAGACAACUUUUGUUACGAAUAGUAGAAUCUCUACCAAAACGACUUAUAUUGAAAGUUAUCAAUCUUCUUCGAGUGAUAUUGAAAUAACUACUCAACAAACUGAAACAAUGAGGAUUACUUCAACAGUUUCUUCACUUUCGAAAUCUAAAAUACCAAGUUUAUUAUUGAAUGUCAAUAAUAUGAUACCAAUUACAUCAUCGUCAAUAGUAACAGUUUCAACAAUUCCUCUUCAAGAAUACCAGGGACUAGGUUGCCAUAUUUCUAUUAAAAAUAAUAUAUUGGCUUUAGUAUUUACAUUUAUUUCAUUUAUUUCUUUUUAA